UGUGUUUAACAUCAUAUGUUAAUAUGUAUCUUUAUAGGUGAGUACCCACCAGAGGUUUUGUAUCACUGGCAGAAGAAGCCUGCAAAUUAUCCACAGCCCAACUAUCCACUUUAUCACCCCCUACCAGAUGCAAGGUCCAUCUCUAGACAAGUGGCAGUUGUGAGGCCCCCUCAAGUCACAUCCCGUCAGAGUACAGCCCCUGUGAGAGAGCUCAUAUCAGAAGUGUGUGUCCAGCCUUCCCAACCAGCUUCUGUCGGCCACCCUCAAACAUUGAGGCGCAACAUCAGUCUUCCUGAUGACUGCAGAGACAUUUUCAUAACAUAUUCUGUGGACACUGCAGCGGAGUUGAUGCCCUUUGUGAAUUUUUUAAUUAAUCAGGGAUUCAGACCGGCUAUUGAUAUAUUUGAAGACAGAGUUAGACAAAUGGAUGUCAACAAAUGGAUGGACAGUUUUUUAAAAAAUAAGUCAGUGUUAAUAAUUGUAGUGAUCAGUCCAAAGUAUAAGACAGAUGUUGAGGGAGAUGGAUCUGAUCAACAUGGACUACACACCAAGUACAUCCACACUCAGAUCCAAAAUGAAUUCAUUCUUCAAAGAUGUCUAAACUUCAGAUUGGUACCAGUGCUGUUUCCCAGUGCUAACCAAAGUCAUGUUCCACUGUGGCUACAGAGCACUCGUCUGUACCGGUGGCCUGAGGAUGCUAAGGACAUGUUACUGCGUUUACUCAGAGAGGAAAAAUACAUUGUCCCUCCUCUUGGCAAAGACCUGAUGAUCACUAUCAAACCCCUGUAAAAGUGAAUCUCGAGACAUCAUGUCUAGUACACAUUUCACCUCAAAAUCAAAAGAAAUGAUAAGAACAUGAUAAUUUGUUUAAGGAUAUAUUUAGUUUUCUUUUAGGACCAUAAUUUCUUGAUUUUAUUCUUAUUUUUUUAAAUGAGAAGUAUGAACACUGUCCAAAAAAGAGAAAAGAAAAUCUAAAAUUUAACUAUCUUAUCUUUUUGUUUUCUAUUUUCUUUCCAUUUAUUAUACAGUUAUUAAAAAAGACCUAUAACACUA